CCUCCUCCUCCUCCGGCAGCCAAAGGGAUUUUUUCCCCUUUCUUUUUUCUCUCUCUUUUUUUUUUUUUUUUUUUUUCCUCCCCCCCCCUCCUUCAUUUUUCUCCUCCUCCUCUUCCUCCCCGCCGCGGAGCCGGGCGCCAGCGUGAAGGAUAAAUAAAAAGCGAAGAGGAAGAGGCUGGGGAGGAGGAGGAGGAGGAGGAAGGGGGGGGAGGAAAGAAGAAGAAGAAAGCGAGCAAGAAAAGAAAGCGAGGAGCCAGGCGGCCAGCCCAGCCGCGCCGCUCCCGGCAGCCAGGGCAGGAGGCGGCGGCGGAGCGGGGCCGGCGGCCGGCGAUGGAUGACCAGCCGCGGCUGAUGCACACGCACAGCGGGGUGGGGAUGCCGGGGCACCCGGGCCUGUCCCAGCACAUGCAGGAUGGACCAGGCGGGGCGGAGGGGGAGGCAGGCAGGAAGCAGGACAUCGGAGACAUCUUACAGCAGAUCAUGACCAUCACGGACCAGAGUUUGGACGAAGCGCAGGCCAGGAAACAUGCUUUGAACUGCCACAGGAUGAAGCCGGCGCUUUUUAAUGUGUUGUGUGAAAUCAAAGAAAAAACAGUGCUGAGCAUCCGGGGCGCGCAGGAGGAGGAGCCCACGGACCCCCAGCUGAUGAGGUUAGACAACAUGCUCCUGGCCGAGGGGGUGGCGGGCCCCGAGAAAGGAGGGGGCUCGGCAGCCGCCGCCGCCGCCGCCGCCGCGUCCGGAGGAGCCGGCUCCGACAACUCGGUGGAGCACUCUGACUACAGAGCCAAACUCUCCCAGAUCCGACAGAUCUACCACACGGAGCUGGAGAAGUACGAGCAGGCGUGCAACGAGUUCACCACCCACGUGAUGAACCUGCUGCGCGAGCAGAGCCGGACCCGGCCCAUCUCGCCCAAGGAGAUCGAGCGGAUGGUGAGCAUCAUCCACCGCAAGUUCAGCUCCAUCCAGAUGCAGCUGAAGCAGAGCACGUGUGAAGCCGUCAUGAUCCUGCGCUCGCGGUUUCUGGACGCACGGCGGAAGAGACGAAACUUCAACAAGCAAGCCACGGAAAUCCUGAAUGAGUAUUUCUAUUCCCAUCUCAGCAACCCUUAUCCCAGUGAGGAAGCCAAAGAAGAGCUAGCCAAGAAAUGUGGCAUCACAGUCUCACAGGUAUCAAACUGGUUUGGAAAUAAGAGAAUCCGGUACAAGAAGAACAUAGGUAAAUUUCAAGAGGAAGCCAAUAUUUAUGCUGCCAAAACGGCUGUCACGGCUACCAAUGUGUCAGCCCAUGGAAGCCAGGCUAACUCACCCUCAACUCCCAAUUCAGCUGGUUCUUCCAGUUCUUUUAACAUGUCAAACUCUGGAGAUUUGUUCAUGAGCGUGCAGUCUCUCAAUGGGGAUUCUUACCAAGGGGCCCAGGUUGGAGCCAACGUGCAGUCACAGGUGGAUACCCUUCGCCAUGUUAUCAGCCAGACAGGAGGAUACAGUGACGGACUCGCGGCAAGUCAGAUGUAUAGUCCGCAGGGCAUCAGUGCUAAUGGAGGUUGGCAAGACGCUACUACCCCAUCGUCGGUGACCUCCCCCACAGAAGGCCCUGGCAGCGUUCACUCUGAUACCUCCAACUGAUCUCCCAGCAAAUUGCAUCCCUGGCUGAGCCGGCCCCGGCGGGGGCAGGAGGGGAGGGGGCCUCUCCUAACACCGCAGCAGUCAGACUGGAGGUGAACCCAAUCAGCACACACAAGAAGACUCCUCUUCUCUUCUCUUCGUCGGGAUGCUUUUUUCAGCCAAUCUGGACACUUCUUUAUACUCUCUUCCCUUUCUUUUCUGGGUAGAAGCCGCUCUCCCCCUCCCCGCCACCGCCACAACACCGCUCCCUUCCCCUCCCCGCUUCCCACCCAAGGUAGAAGGAUUUUAAGGAGGAAAAGCAAAAAUCGACCACCGCCACACAAGCCGACCCCAGAGCAGUGUACAGCCUCUCGCUGGGUGUCCCUCUGAGGAGCUACAAACGUACCUCAGUCACGUCUGGCUCCCUCACUAGCAGGCAGCCCCCUGCCCCCGUUCCUUUCACGCUACCUCUCCGUAGGGAAUCGCCAGCGUAGGGAAUCCGCUCCCGCCUCGUCUCCGCAGCCUCCCGCACUCAGCCCUGCCCCAGUGAGCUGUCCCUCGUGUGCUGCAGGGGCAGGGCUGGUGGCACAGCCCCCGUGCACGUAGAAGGAGCCAGCGUGCUCCCCCGCGCUUCCAGAAGGUACCGUUCCCAUUCCCAGCCCUACUCGGCCAAGCAUCCCUCCUGCUGGCUGCUGUGGUCUGGAUGAGCCAUGAAACCCUGCUGUCCUGCCUGCCUGUUGCUGGAGGGGAGAAGAGGAGGGGAGGAGGGGAGGCAGAGGCAGGUGAGAAACGUCCAUCUCUGAUAAUGGAGGUGCUCACACCUCCAGGGAGCUGUGUGGGAUCAGGCAUGGAUGGCUGAUGAGACACCAGCAGCUCUCUCACUGCACCUAGAGAGGCUGCUGGUGGAGUUCUCCUGCUCAGGGCAGUGUCACGGGGUGUCGGCUCCUGUUUGCAGGAGGAGCUGGGUUCCCCAGUUCAGGCAGGACUCACAGAGGUUUGUGGCACCCCCUGCAUUCCCAAAGCCCUGCCAAGCCAGCAGUGAGGGAUGGGCAGCAGAAUGCCAGGGGCUGAAGUGCUGGGUGUGUCUCGGGUGCUUUUGGUAGCGCUUCACAGGUUUGCUCUGUAGGACGGGUGGCUGCCCCGCUGGGGGAUGUCUGUGCGCUGGAGCCGCCGGUUUUUUACCCCAGGAGUUACCUGGGCAGUAGCCAUGGAAGAACUCAUGGGACUUUUCUGCCCAGCUUUUCUCAUCCGCUGUUGGGACAAGCAGUGGUGGCUGGCAAGCGAGGCUUCAUCCUGCCCCUUCAGGCUGAUGCUGGGAGGACGUGGCUUGCGUGGAAGAGCAGGAAGAGGCAGCACCAGUUUCCCUGGGCAGCGGCUGAGCUUCGUGCCGGGGUGGGACUUCUGGCCAUCGGUUCUUUCAGUGGGCACGAGGAGGCUGAGGCGGCCUGCAUCAAGACCCUGGGCGUGGUGGGGACUGGUGGUGCAGGAUGUCUGGCACCUCGUGAUGGAUCCCGGGAUCCCGUGGGAUCGAUGCCUCACGCUGUUGAAUGUCCGUGCCAACCCUGCUUGUGCUGGUCUCGAGGUGGGAACUGCCAGCACGGAGCAGCAUUAAGCGGAAACCGUUUAAAAUUAGAGCUCUGCCAAAAAUAUUUCCACCCUUCUGCUGGAAAAAAUAACGGUCCUCGGCCUGCAGGGCGCAGUGGUGGUGUGGCCACAGCUCCAGCACGCUGUCACCUUGCAGCACAGGGACGUCAUGUGUCCAGCAGUGACGCUUCCUGCUCCUUUUGCAUCCGUGCCAGGGCUGGGGACCCUGUGGCAGAGCAGGAUGUGAGGUGAGGGGCCUCGGGCUGCCUCCCAGCUGUGUGUUAAGAGCAUGGAGAAGGUUGUUUUCCUGCAAGGACAGUCGGGAGGUGCUGCCCACCUUCCCCAGCUCUGCACCUUCCCACUCUCCUCUUCCCGCGGCCUCCCUCAGCGCUGCCUUUUGUCCGCUUCCAGCUUACUUUACACGAACCACUUGUGGCAAAGCGUUCCGGGGACGCAGGACUGGCUCGGGCCUCUUCUCCCGAGCAGCAGCAGUGCCGUGCCUGCGGGAAUGCCACCGGCCCUGUUGGAAACCAGCUGGGAACGAGCCGAAACCACGGCCAGCUGGAGUCAAUCCGUGCUGGGGCUGCCCUCCCUGCCCUGCUGCUCCUCCUGCCCGUCCCCCUGCCCAGGCAUCCCCUGCCCAGGCUGGGCCCUUGCUCCUCCACGGUACUUUGCAAAUCCCCUCCUGGGUUCCCCAGUUGGUCCCUCCAGUUUGUGUUGGCUUAGCUGCUUGCUUGCCUUUUUCUUUGCCUUUUUUUUUUUUUUUUCUUUUCCAUUUAAUAUUUGGGUUUUGUUUCUCCUUCCCAUACUCCUCCCCUGCUCCAGCCCUGAGUGUUGUGGGGUUUUUUUUCUUCUUCUUCUUCUUCGUCUUUUUUUUUUUUAAUUAUUAUUUUUCUUUUCUGCCCAGAAAAACCUGACUUCGAUACCAAAAAAACAAAACAAAAAAAACACACAAAAAAAAACCACAAACAAAAAAAAAAACCUGCAGAAACUCAAAAAAAAUUAAAAUUAAAAAAAAAUCACAAAAAAAAAAAAAACCUCGACGAUUCUUUCAGCUUUAUUAACAUUUUCCAUUGUUUCUUGCGAUUUGUGUCUCGUUCUUUGUAGUAUUGAUGAUAACGAACAUUUGAUAAUGAAUGUUCUUGUAUAUUCAGAUAAAGGAGAAAAAAAAAAACCAAAAACGCAGUCGGAAUUUAAUAGUGUUUAUAAUAAAAGAAUAAAAAAUGACCCUCUUAGCACGCAAAACUGAACAGGGGGAAGGUCCCAUCCCUGUUCUUUCUGUGGCAACAAGCGCUUCAUUCCUGUAUAGUUUAUAACAUCAAACUACCUACAUUCAUCCUCCUUUUUUUUGUUUGUUUGUUUUUUCCCAUGGUUUGGGUUUUUUUCCCCAUUUUCUCGCAUUUGUGAAUUAGUUCAAGAAUGCUAGAAAAGUGUAGAGUUGUGCACACUCAUUUCUUCUUACACAAUGUUUAAAAAGUGACGGUAAUUCAUUUUGUAAAACUUUAAAAAGAAAAAAAAUGGUUGGAAUAGUGAGCAUUAAUAGGUACAGUCUAACACUUUAUGUUUCUUAACGUUGAGACCCAGAGACCCAGAGAUGAACCUCUUUCUUUUUUUUUUUUUUUUUUUUUUUUUUUUGCAUUAUUUGGGAUGGGGUGGGGAGGGGGCUUUGAUGAUGAUGAUGAUGAUGAUGAUGAUGAUGAUGAUGAUGAUGAUGAGUUUAGUUUGACCUGUCUGAGAGGAUGGCCUUGCCACUUCCCCUGCGCUUUUGAGCUGUUACAAGUGAUGUGAAAAGUGAGGGUGGUGUCUUUGGGGGGAGUGCUUCUCCCCUCUCCUUUCAGAUCCCAGCUCCAGGAGAUCCCCGUGUGGCUGCUCUGGGGCUGAGCAGUGGGAUUGCGGCUCUGAAAAGAGACGGAAUUCUGAGGGGUUUUGGGGAGGAGAUGGAGAGCCAACAAGUCCUGAGCUCCCGUGGGUCUCCAUUCUGGGCGCGUUGCUGAGCUGCCUGGAAGUGAUGAAAGGGCAGGAAUCCUUCCCAAAAUGUGUAGAUGGUUGGUUCUCUUCCCUGAAUCCCAGUGUCCCAAAACGGAAGGAUUUGGAGCAAGGAACGUUUCAACCUCAUCUGGCCCAGGUCUCGCAGCCUGGCCCCGAGCCUUGGCUGCAUCCACGUGCUGAGGUGGGACAAGGGCUGGGACGUGGCCAAAAUGUCCCCAAAUCCAGCCCCAAAUCCCAGUGGCUGCAGAGCGGGGUUCAGGGAGAGCGCUGAGGAAGGUGCUGCUUGGCGUCGCUUCAGUUUCCUCCUAAAACAUUUUCCUGCUUCCCCCCCAAAAAACCCCUGAGCUUUUCACAUCACUGACCGGUUUAGGGUUUGGGGUGUUGCUUUUAAUCCCAAGGUUUCCUGGAGUCCUUUUGUUUUCGUACACCUUUAUUAUUAUUAUUAUUUUAUUAUUAUUAAGAGGAUGUAAAUCAGACAUUGCCUGGGGGGUUGGUUUUGUCGGUUUGCUUUUUUUUUGUUCUUGCAAAGCCCUUUCUGUCCCUUGUAAAGGUGAUCCAGUUCGGAGUUGCUUUUUCUUUUUCUAUUUUUUUCCCCCAUCUUUUUUUUUUUUCUUCCUCUCUUCCUAAUGGAUUCCAAAUAUUAAAAAAAAAA